AUGGACGCGAAAGAAAUCUACGAACAAGUUCACAAGCGCUAUGGAUCAGUCACCAAGAGCAGUACUGGCAUAUAUGAGCAGACUGUGGCCAAAGCAUUUGGUUAUACUGAAGAAGAGCUUGCGGGUAUUCCCGAGGGGGCAAACCUUGGCUUGAGCUGCGGCAACCCCACAGCUUUGGCAAAACUAAGAGAGGGCGAGACUGUGAUUGAUCUUGGUUCUGGUGCUGGCUUUGAUGUUCUAACAGCUGCCAAGAAAGUUGGCCCAGAGGGCAAGGCAAUUGGCGUCGACAUGAACAAGAACAUGAUAGGCAAGGCCAAUGCAAACAAAGCAUCCAUGAAAAUCUCAAACGUCGAAUUCGUCGAAGGAAUCAUCACAUCUGUUCCCCUUAGUGGGGCUAUAGCCGACUGUAUCAUGAGUAAUUGCGUUGUCAACCUCGUCCCUGCUUCUGAGAAACAGCUUGUAUUUAACGAGAUGUUCAGGCUCCUCAAGCCAGGUGGACGUGUUGCUGUCAGUGACAUACUUGCACGCAAAGAGUUUACCGAUGAGAUCAGAAACAAUAUUGCUCUAUACGUCGGAUGCAUCUCUGGUGCUAGUCCUGCCAGUGACUAUGAGGACUUUCUCAAAAAUGCGGGAUUCAAAGAUGUUCUUAUCGUCGACACUAAAAGUGACCUGAACGUUUACUUUACUGCUCACGAAAAUGGGAGUUCUUGCUGUGGGAAUGAAGAGGCAGCGUCAACUUGUAGCGUUGCUUCACCCGCAUGUGGCUCUCAGAUUUUUGCGACAGGCUUUGGCAAUGAUCAGGGUAUUCGGAGUGAUCGUCUGGGGAUCGCCGACUUUAAUGAGUGGGCUGGAUCAUUUCAGGUGUAUGCCGUAAAGCCUCAGUGCACAUGA